CAAAUUUCAGAAAGGAUGUUUUAUGGUAUUUAGGUUCUGUUUAAGGGUUCAUUAGUCUUAUCAAGGUGAAAUUGAGACACAAAACGACAAAUACGGUGGGGCCAGCAUAAAAAUACUGCAGUGAAUAGUAGUGGCACCCACGAAUUAGGGUUUUAGAUUCUCCAACAGUAGCUGGGGUUUUUUUGUUGAAGGAAGUGGAAGGGUUUUUCUGGUUCCUGUAUGUGAAACCAGCCACUGACGAAGAAUAGUUGCAGUUAGUGUUGAGGCUUUUGUGGGGGAGGGGGCUUUUGGUCAAGGUUGACAAUUUUGAAGAAGAAGAGAAGCUUGCUUGUAGCACCUCCAGUGGUAUCUAAAUGGUAAGACUUCUUCUUCCUAGGGGCAAAGAGAUAUCGUCUGUUUCUUCUUUCUAAAUCCCAGAAGUGAGAUCAAUACUAUGUGAAGCAGAUAUUCGAAACCGAGGGAGACAAGAAGGUAGAAGUCUGAAAUUUGGUGACAUAGUAUAAAAAUGGCAAACAGCAAGUACGAGUAUGUGAAGUCAUUCGAGGUGGAGGACAAAUUAAUGCCAUCUACAUGGAUUGUUCUACGAAUAGACGGCCGUCAUUUCCACCAAUUCUCUGACAAGCAUGAAUUUAAGAAACCAAAUGAUGAGCGGGCUUUGGAACUGAUGAAUGCUUGUGCAGAGGCAAUGUUUGAAGAGUUCCCAGAUUUAGUCUUUUCAUAUGGAGUUAGUGAUGAGUACAGCUUCGUUUUCAAAAAAACAACAGAAUUUUACAAUAGGCGAUCCAGCAAAAUAGUUUCCAUCACUGUUUCUUUUUUCACAUCUUUCUAUGUCAUGAAAUGGAAAGAUUUUUUUCCGGACAAAGAUUUGAAGUCCAUACCUUCUUUUGAUGCUCGUACCGUUUGCUACCCCUCCACCAAGAUUGUUCGAGAUUAUUUGGCAUGGAGACAAGUAGAUUGUCAUAUUAAUAAUCAGUACAACACUUGUUUUUGGAAGCUGAUUGAAUCCGGAAAGACCAAAAGUGAAGCUCAAGAUAGAUUAAAGGGUACUCAAACCCAGGACAAAAAUGAAAUUCUUUUCCAACUUGGGGUAAACUACUCCGAUCUACCAGCCAUAUUUCGUAAAGGAUCCUGCGUGUUCAAGGACAAGGUCGAGGAGAUAGUGAAGUACAAUGAAAAUGGACAACCUGUCAAAAGAUCAAGAAAUAAGGUGAUUACUGAUCAUUGUGAUAUUAUUGGUGACAAGUUUUGGAAAGAUCAUGCAAGCAUCCUCGAGGACGAGUAGAAAUCAUCAGAGUACAUCGACCACAAGCUCAGUUUCAGAAUAAUCUUGCUCUGUGUUAUAGGAUUCAUCAAUUCUUUUGGUAUUAAUUAUAGAGAUUUUAUUUUAUUUUA